GCAGGUGGCAUCAGUCUGCUCGGAUACGCCGUGGUGGUUGGGUGGGUCAGAGGGUAGCUCUUAUAUAGAUAUCACGAAGUCCAACAAUUGAUAUCAUCUACCACCAAUUCAUAGAAGAGAUUCUACAACACUUGUAUGAGAAUCAAGAGAAGGAAAGAAAGGGAAAAAAGCAAAAGAAAUAUUAAUAAAGAAUCGACCAGUGAGAGAGUGUACGGCUCUGUUGAAGAGCAUCGAAGAAGAGGAAGAGUGACAUCAAAGAGUACCGGAAGCCAAAGGCUACAGAAUUCUCUGAGUUCGACGGUCAACGUCCGUGUAGCGGUACAGUGAGAUAACCGAAUAGAAAAUCAAUAAUUCGGAAAAAUUGGAAAAUUUGGAAAAACUUAUUCUGGGAAAGUAGAAGGUUACUUAAAGUCGCAUGUUCUCGUUUCGUAAUAUCAGCGAAAGGUGUAGAUUACGACAAUCAUCAUGGCCACGAUAAUUCGGGCUCUCAUAAAGGGAUAUACCUACCUCAAUGAUGAGAUCGCAGAUCCAAGAACGAAGCAUUGGUUUCUCAUGGGUUCACCGUGGCCAGGUUUGGCUCUGAUCACGUUCUAUCUCCACUUCGUUCGCACCUUGGGGCCAAGAAUCAUGGCCAGCAGACCCCCGUACAAUCUCGACAGGAUACUACAGAUAUACAAUUGUGUGCAGAUAGCAUUAUCCUCCUAUCUUCUCUACAAGGCAUUGGUCCUUGGGUGGCUAGGGCAUUACAGUUUCUUUUGCGAGCCCGUAGACCAUUCCUUUAACGAACGCGCCAUUGAGAUUGCAGCGACCGUGUGGAUGUACUUUAUCGUGAAGAUUAUCGACCUUCUCGACACCGUCUUCUUCGUCCUUCGAAAGAAGCAAAGCCAGGUGUCUUUUCUGCACGUUUACCAUCACGCCGGCAUGGUUUUUGGAGCUUGGGCGGGAACCAAGUAUUUACCGGGUGGCCACGUUACGUUUUUAGGGCUAAUAAAUUCUUUCGUCCAUGUGGUAAUGUACACGCAUUAUCUUGCCACGUCACUUAAGAUCGGAAAACCAUGGUGGAAGAAAUACAUAACUCAGCUUCAACUUACCCAGUUUUUCUUGAUUCUUAUACAUUUUUCACAAUUGAUAUGGAUCGAGGAUUGUGGCUUUCCAAGAUGGCCAGCUGCCAUUUUUAUACCCCAAAAUCUCUUCAUGAUUGUGCUCUUUGGGGACUUUUAUUACAAAACUUACGUGAAGAAGCCUGUGAAGAAAGUCGAGCUAAAUGGCGUCUCCAAGGAACUGAAUCGAACGACUAAAGCGCAAUAGCAUCGAAUAACGAUUUCGAGAUUAUUGACGAUAUUCAUAAUAUCUAAGAAAUCGAGCCACGCGUACUUAAGAUCUCACGCUCACUCAUGUUACUCGAUUUUUUUUUAUCAUACAUGCUACAAUCAGUACAAUUUCCAUUUAUUCUUUUAAACUCCAAAUGAGCGCCUCGCUUCACGAUUUGCGCACUUGAUGCUUAUUAGUGCCACUUUUUUGUCUUGGCACUUAACAGAGACAAGUUAAUUCAUUAUGUUCUAAAGAAUCAAUUUGUUUCAGACCUUCAUUUGCCAAAUUAAAAGCUUUAAUACGGAUUCUUCUACCGAUUUGUAGUUCUAUAACCGAUCGUUCAAUGGCAGCAGUAUCUCAUAAAGAAUAGAGUCCCUCUAGUAAGAGUCCGGCUUGUUAGUGAUUGGCUCCGCCAUAUUAUGGACUCUUUCCGUAAUAGAAUGGGUGUGUGAAUACGUAUACGGGAGAGAUUCGCAUUGUGCAGCUGGGGUAGUGUUAAGCCCUGUACGGCGGGUUGCCUGUACUUGGCGCGAGACUCGACCGAGUCUUGCGCAAUGUCAUGGUGGCGCCAAACAAGCCCUUAAUAUGGCGUCCCUUCCGGGUGUUGGCCAGACUCUCACUAGAGGGACUCUAAUAAAGAAAUAUAUGUUUAUCCUUGCAACUGCGUUACCGACUGCGGUGGGUAAUGUGGAACUUUAGUCACGUGGUUACCGACUGUGCUGGUCGGAUUCAGAAUCAUUGUAAUAAAUAUCAAGUAAAUUUGAUUCUAUGAAAUAAGGAUAGUAAUAGAAGAAGAAGAAAUAUUCAAUAGGUACUGAAUGGUUAUUUCAAAUUGUCUGCAGACUAUACCAUUAAACUGCCCAGUCUAGUUAUAUAUAUUUUUUUUACUAACGUCUAACGACUAUAGUUACAUAUCAGAUCAUAUGGCAUAUAUUAUGGGCGAUUAACGGCAAGGUUUCUCAUAGUUGAUAUUUUCUAUGACCUAUUGGAAAGCAAAAUUAUAUCAAUACGUAAUGCUUCAACGUUACGUCGAUUAAGUAACGUUUGCGUGAAUACUGCGUGUUACUGCGUACUGAAUAUUGCGUGAAACUAUUAAAUGGUGCCCGAACGUUUUUCAUCUAAAACCAGUCUCAUUAUUUAAUAAAAAAUUCUCACCGUUU